CAGGAAUCCCCGGUCCGGCGGGAGGCUGCCGGGACGCGCCGGGCGCUGCAGAUAAUGCCAUGGAGGGGGGGGCUCAGCAGAGCAGCCUCUGGGAGCCCCCCGAGCAGGACGGGAGUCCCGGCGAGCGGGAUGGGGGCGAGGGUCCCCCCGAGGUCAAGCGCUCCCAGCCCCUCCUGAUCCACGGCAGCAGCCGGCAGCCGCCGCAGGACGAGCCGAGAGCAUCGUCGCUGCCCAGCAUCCCCAACCCCUUCCCCGAGCUCUGCAGCCCCUCCAACUCGCCCAUCCUGAGCAGCCCGGCCCUGGGACAGGGACCCCCCCGCGAGGGCACCUCCCAUGUGGUGAAGGUGUUCGGCGAGGACGGUGCGUGCCGCUCGCUGGAGGCGUCGGCGGCCACCACGGCGCGGCAGCUCUGCGACACUCUGGUGCGCAGGACGCGGGCUCUGCACGACCACAGCUGGGCCCUGGUGGAGCUGCACCAGCACCUGGCUCUGGAGCGCUGCCUGGAGGACCACGAGUCGGUGGUGGAGGUGCAGAGCUCCUGGGCGCCUGGAGCCGACAGCCGCUUCGUGUUCCGCAAGAACUUCGCCAAGUACGAGCUCUUCAAGAGCAACGCGGUAGGUGGGCACCCCCUGGGUGACUGUUCCCGGGCUCCCUGGGCACCCCGAGGGUCUCUGCUGACCAAUUUCCUCAACUCCGGGAGCUGCCCCGAGGUCCAGGGUUUCCUGCAGCUGCGGGAGGCCGGGCGCAAGGUCUGGAAGCGUUUCCACUUCUCCCUGCGCCGCUCGGGGCUCUACUACUCCACCAAAGGCACCUCCAAGGACCCCCGGCAUCUCCAGUACUUCGCUGACCUCACCGAGUCCAACAUCUACUACGUGACCCAGGGCAAGAAGCUCUACGGGACCCCCACCGAAUUCGGCUUCUGCAUCAAGCCCCACAAGGUGCGGAGCGGCGUCAAGGGACUGAAGCUGCUGUGCAGCGAGGACGAGCAGAGCCGCAGCUGCUGGAUGGCCGCGUUCCGGCUCUUCAAGUACGGGAUGCAGCUCUACCGCAACUACCAGCAAGCGCAGGCACGGCUGAGCCAACCCUCCUGGAUCGGCCCCACGCCCCUGCGAAGUGUCUCGGACAACGCCCUGGUGGCCAUGGACUUCUCGGGGUGCACGGGCCGGGUGAUCGAGAACCCCAGCGAGGUGCUGACGGCAGCCCUGGAGGAGGCGCAGGCCUGGAGGAAGAAGACGACGCACCGGUACAGCCUGCCCGCAGCCUGCCACAGCUCCUCGCUCAGCGCCGCCAUCCACCGCACCCAGCCCUGGUUCCACGGCAGAAUCUCCCGGGAGGACACCCAGCAGCUCAUCGGCCGGCAGGGCAUGGUGGACGGGGUCUUCUUGGUGCGGGAGAGCCAGCGGAACCCCAAAGGCUUCGUGCUGUCCCUGUGCCACCUGCAGCGCAUCAAACACUACCUCAUCCUGCCGAGCGAGGAGGAGGGUCGGCUCUACUUCACCAUGGACGACGGGCAGACGCGCUUCGCCGACCUCAUCCAGCUGGUGGAGUUCCACCAGAUCAACCGCGGCAUCCUGCCCUGCAAGCUGCGGCACUACUGCACCUGCGUGGCGCUCUGAGCCCCGGCACGGCACUGCCGGGAGGGUUUGGCACRGCCUGGCACCGCCGGCGUGGCGGGGUUUGGCUCGGUUUGGCACAGUCUGGCACGGCUGGCGUGCUUUGGCUCGGUCUCACUGCCGACGUAGCGGGGUUUGGCACAGCUGGACACCACUGGCACAGAAUGGCUCGGCACAGCCUGGAUGGUGUGGCACAGCCUGGCCUUGCUGAUAUGGCACAGUUUGGCACAGCCUGGCACCACCGGGAUGGAUUUGGCACAACCUGGCACCACCGGGAUCGUGUGGCACAGCCUGGCCCUGCUGAGAUGGCACGGUUUGGCACAGCCUGGCCCUGCUGAGAUGGCACAGUUUGGCACAGCCUGGCCCUGCUGAGAUGGCACGGUUUGGCACAGCCUGGCCCUGAUGAGAUGGCACAGUUUGGCACAGUCUGGCACCAGUGGGAUGGUUUGGCACAGCCCAGCACCACCAGCACGGCACAUCUUGGCACAGCCUGGCACGGCUGGGUGGUUUGGCACAGCCUGGCACUGCCAGCAUGGCACAGCUCAGCACAGCUCAGCACAGCCCAGCACCAGGACCCCCACACUCAAGCACUUUCUCCCCUCCGCCCCGCAGCACCAGCCCCGAGUGUCCCCGAGUGUCCCCGAGUGUCCCUGUGGGGGCCUGGCACUCCUUUUCCCCCACAUCGGGGGGGUUUUGGGGUCCCCAGGAGCGGGGUCCCGGGGUGUGGGGGUGAGGGGGGCACCCAUCACCGUGUCCCCCGUGUCCCCACGAGGCCAGUUGAACUGGGACGUGUUUUAUACCAGUGACAAUAAAAGUUAUUUUUGCAGAGCUCC